AUGGACUCGCCCGGCGGCUAUCCAGAGUCGCCUCUGGAUCAGGACGACGUCGUCUAUCCGUGCAAGGGAUGCGGAGAGAUCCUCGAGGAAGGCAAGGCCUUCGAGCUGGCUGGGAACCGAUGGCACAUCGACUGCUUCCGCUGCAACACCUGUGGCACCCUUCUCGACUCGGACGCGAACCUGCUCCUGCUCGGCGACGGCUCCCUGAUAUGCAACAACUGCACCUACAGCUGCAACCACUGCGGCAACAAGAUUGAGGAUUUGGCCAUUCUGACGGGCGACCAGGCCUUCUGUGCCAACUGCUUCCGCUGCCGCAACUGCAAACGCAAGAUUGAGAACCUGCGCUAUGCCCGUACCUCCCAGGGCAUCUUUUGCAUGUCCUGCCACGAGUCCCUCAUGGCUCGCCGACGCAAAAAGUCCAAGAAGCCUCCAGCCGCUGCUCCCGCACCCAAGGUAGACAAGUCGCUGCCAGCCUUGCCCCCCAACGCUGCGGUGCCCCAAGCCAACUUCACCCCCGACCUAGACACCUCCUCCGAUGUCUUUUCCGAGCCACCCACCACUGAGCCUUCUCCGCGCCCGCCCCACCCCAAACGAACAGACUCGUCGCCUGCAACCUUUAGGCGCGAUGCUUCUCCUGCCUCGUUGGAGGAUCCCCGCAAAGACCACCUCACCCUCCCUGCGAGCACAUACAAGGGGUCGAACCACUCGGAAGCAUCCGAUGCAAAUGAUGACGGCGUCCUGCUCCCAUUUGCCCUAGAUCCAAACCCUGCCCCGGGCCCUUCACCACUGGGCAAGUCAACCAAGUACCACGAAGUGACGGCGGAAACGAACCCACCACGCGUCGACAGCAAGCCCGGCAGAGACUAUUUCAAUCGUCCCUCCGGUAGCCACCGAGAGAUGCUCAAGGAGAAUCAUUCGCGAUCCACGUCAGUGGAGCGGCAGGACAAGAGUCCGCACAUCGCCUUUCAGGAGAAGGGCCGCCAGCCUUCGGACCACCUGAUGGAUCCCAGCAGAAGACGCAAAGAGUCGGUCAAUGACUCCCCAUCACUCCAUGACCGCGCUCGCAGCCAGCACGCCUCGCCUUCUUCGUCGCAAUCGACAGACGCCUUCAAGCUGCAAGAAGUCCCCAAGCAUAAGAAGGCAGACGCGAGGAAGAACUCAAAGUCGGACGUUUGGUCGCAGUCGCAAGGCCCAUCCGGCACGGAUGCAGCUGGGCGAUUAAUGAGCCCCCAGGAGUCGUCGUUGACGACGUCGCCUCUGCCGCUGGACUCCCGGUCCGUUCAGGAAGACUCUCCAGUCACCUCCGGCUCAUCGUACAGCUCGAACCAGCACGUCGAAAGACCCGCGCGAGGGGAUUCGCUCGCCACUGACCGCCCAGCACGAGGUGAUUCGCUUGCAAAUUCCAACCACAACCCUGCGCCAUCCAGAAAAGAAGUGGCCUCUGCAUCACCCGCAACCCCCACCGCUCAUCCGUCUCAGAGCAAUGGAGGCUAUAACAACAUGGGAAGCGCUCUUGAUUCCCAGUACGACCACCCAGCUCUCCCUCAGCGCUCUGCAGGACGCCCGCAACCGCCUUCUGCCGAUACUUUCACCUCUCCACGGGCUCCCCCUCCUCCUCCAGCGGGCCAAAGUCACAAGACGUCCGAGUCAGCCAGCACCCUGCAAAGCGACAAUUCACAGCCUGUGCUUCCAACGCCUGGGCUGCCGCGCUAUAGCGCUCAGGGUGACUUUUCCAUGGACGAGGACUUUGCUCGUCUGCUGUCGGGUCAGGAACCUCACGAGAAGGAAGGCGGAGUGUUGCGCAGAGUGUCCAAUGCCAUGUCAAAACACGGCCGAAGCUUCAGCGACCGUGGCUCGGUGACCGGGAAAGGGCAUAAGAAGUGGCCAACAAACGGAUCGAUUGAGAUCAGCAGCCCCACGGUCGCCUCACCGGAUUCAAAGGAGGAGGCGGUGAACCUGCGAAACGAGCUGCGCAGGGCCCAACAACGCAUCGCCGAGCUCGAGGCCGAGAAGAACGGCCUGCAGGAGACUGUGCAUAAUGCUGCGGACAUCAAGCAAGCCAACACGAUCUUGAGGGAGAAGCGCAAUACCAUGGCUGUUUUGGAUACCCAGCGCGAAAUGCUCAUUCGCGAGUUGGAGAUCAUGACGGACCACCUGAAGCGCGCAAAGGACAAUGGCCAGACCAUUGACAUCAACUCGCUCAAGUCGGACAUACUCAAGGACUUUGCCAACUCGCUGCAGCGGCUGAAGGAUCAGCUGGGCGGUCAAAUCGAAGAGCUAAUUUCGAGACGGACAGAGCUUACCGAUGAAAUAUCGAACCUCAUUCAAAUGAAGGAUAAGGGUUUCCAGGAAUACGAGUCGCUAAGUGCCCAAAACACGAAGCUGUCCAACAUGAACCGGGACCUCAUCGAGUCGAUACAGAAGACGCUCAAGGAUAAUAAACACCACAACGGCGCGCGGUCCAUUGAUAUCGGUCAGUCCGGGGCCAGCGGCUUGGGCAUCUACCACAGCCACCACAAAGGCGGCAAGUCUGAUAUUUCCAUAGACAUACAGGGUCUGCCUCAUGACGCAUCCUACUCUAACCUCCACGAUGCCGAGAGCGAAGCCACCGUUGCCCAGCCCAAGGUCGUCAAUAUCAGCAAGACAGGGAGAGCGAACAAGUUCAACUGGAAGAAGGGCGGUCAAGUCAUCACCAAGAACGUGACGAAGGGCUUCAAGAGCACGUUCGGUUCGGAUCAGCGGCGCGAAGAAGAAUACAGUCAAAAGAGUAUUACCAUCGGGUCACCCUACGGCCCUGUUGUGCAGAGUCAGCCAGACUUUGCGUCCAUGACUGCGUCCAUGUCUAGUUCAACCAAGAGCAAGGAGGAUGGCAACCAAUCCCGCGGCUGGUUUGGCGGCAAGCCCAACAGCAACAACAACAUCAACAACAAGGGCCAACAGGAUCGCCUGAAGAACCUGCAGCAUAACAACAGCACCAGCAAUCUACUCGGUGAAAGUAGCUCCACUCUCUUUGGCUCCGACCUGACCGCUCGAUGCGAGUUUGAGAAGCGCAUGAUCCCCGCUAUUGUCAGCCGAUGUGUGGAAGAGGUCGAGUUGCGAGGUAUGGAUGUCGAAGGCAUCUACCGCAAGAGCGGUGGCGCGUCGCAGGUCAACCAAGUCAAGUCCGGUUUCGAGAAGAGCAACGACUACGACAUUUCCGAUCCGGAUCUCGAUAUCCAUUCGGUCACUUCAGCCCUGAAAAACUAUUUCCGCAAGCUCCCUAUUCCAUUGAUUACGUUUGAUGUCUAUGACCAGUUCCUGGAAGCCGGCCGAAUCGAAGACCCAGAUCGAAAGGCCAAGGCGAUGAUCAGUGCAAUCAACGAGAUACCUCGUACGCAUCGCGAUUGCCUGCAGUUUCUGGUAUUCCACUUGUCCCGUGUGAUCCAGCACUCAAAAGAGAACCUCAUGUCGGCUCUCAACCUCGCGGUUGUCUUCGCGCCAACGAUUAUGCGCCCGAUGGAUAUCCAGCGCGAACUCACCGACGCCCCUCUCCAGCGGAACGCAGUCCAAUACCUUCUGGAGAACCACAAAUAUAUCUAUGGUAGUGCGGAUUGA